GGAGUCGGUUUGAGCAAUCUUAGUAAAUAUGCUUAUUAGACUAUGAUUACUAUAAAUAAUCAUUUUGAUUUACUACUCCAAUUCAUCAUGAAGAUUUCACUCUGAUACUUUUGUGUUUACAACAACGCAACAAUGUUGCAAAGCGCUAUUGUUUGACGUGGCCGCCAGCGAAAGAUACCCAGCGUCCUUCUCAAACUGAAAUUCUAGUGACAGACAAAAGUGGCCAGGAUCUACAAAAGUCGCCGGUCCAGACAGCCCAAGAACCUGUAAACAAGGACCAGGGUCCGGAGCUUUGGUGUGAAAGCGCCUAAUAAGAGUCGGACUGCAAUAUAUGGGAACUGGUUCUUUACAACCCUGAUCGUCUAAGCGAUGGCUCACUCUUCCAAUGAGGAGGCCCAGACCUCGCUCCCCGACCUCUUGCUCGAUUAUCUGAAGGAGCUCAGUGAAGAAGAGCUGAAGGAGUUUAAAUGGAAACUGAGUCACAUAAAGUAUAAAGAGUUAAAGUCCCUUCCCAGGGGUCAGGUGAAGGACUUGGAUAGAACAGACCUCGCCGACAAGAUGAUAAGUUCCUACAGUGAAGUUGAUGCUCUCAAUGUCAUGCUUGACAUCCUGAAGAAGAUGAACCUGAAUGAUCUUGCUCAGAGACUGAAUGAAGACCUGCAGAAGGGUCCCCAAGCAGAAAGUCAACUGGGUGACAUAUUGGAGCAGAACACUAUCAUGUCAGAAAGACCAAAGCCCUCCGGUGCCCAGGGAGGAAAAGGAGGAAGAGGAGAGGAGGGAAAACAGGAAAAAGACAGAGGUAAUAAUAACUAA